UUAUGUUGGUUGAAGAUUCGUGAGGCUGACAUAUCUCGUUUUUCAUUCGCUGUUGAAAUUACGGAAGAAUUCUAUGGCAGAGUGAAGGGGCAGGAUGCUGCAUUUCAGCCUGCUAAGCUUGUGUGGCUUAUCCAACGGGAUUUCCUACAAGGGAAAUCCGUUCAAGAAAUGGUGAAUGAAGCUCUCAAACGGGUCCCCAAUUAUGAUGGUUAGUUUUAGUUAGAUUUCAUAAACCAGAUUAGGGAUUCCCUUGCAAUUAUGGGUGAUAAUAGUACAGCCUUUAGCUUACCACACCCUCAUCUUCAAAGAACAAAACUUUGUGAUAUGAAUGAUAGUGAGCUUGAACUGAAAUAUGUCGAACGAAGGGAGCAAUCGAAAGAACUUGUUGCUACUGUUAUACGUCCAAAGAUUGUGCAAAGAAAAACUCUUAGCGGAAAGGAGGUUGCUUCCUUUCUGGAGCAGAUUCUUGAAGCCUUGCACAAAGGGGAAAUUCCAUCUACAGAUUCUAUUGUCGAGGUCUUCAAUAAGGUAAUUCUGGAAUGGUGCAUGAAGUUGUACAAUCAAAGAAGGGAUAAGCUGCAUUUACCAGUACCAGAGAGACUGGAGCAGGCUCAUGAUGAAGUGAAAAUUGAAGCAAGAAAACUAUUCGAUCAACAACAUUUUGGUCGCCAUCAUGCUAAACAGUCUAUCAUCAGACUUUAUCAAAUUUAGAGUUUGAGAGUGUGAAGGAGCGAGGAACCAUGUAAACUUAUGGGCUAAAGAAGUACAAGCUUUGUAAUUAGCAUAUUGUUGGA